AUGAUCAGCAGUACAUUCUCAAUGUACAAUGGUCAGUGCGGCGAAGCCGCAGCCACUGCCAGAUUCGCAGCUGCCUACGAAUCCACAUGUACCCCCAUUCUGUUGUCAUCUAGGCACUGGGGAGUCCACCGCCAAAAAGUGGUCGAUCAUUGCGAUACCCGCGCCACUCAUCAAGUCUCUGAUCCUCGGUGCCUAAAUCAGUCUCGAACAAAAAUCGGAGGAAGGCUUUCAAAACGGACUUGGGCUGGAAAGCGUUUCUGCGGCAACCUCCGUUCGAUGACCCCUGCUGUCUUGGUGCUUCCUCUUCCAAGGGAUAACAAGCCACUUGCCCGGAUGUGGAAGGACAAACAGGAACAAGAUCUUCGCUGCUCUAGGCUUUGGACUGCGGAGAAUGUUCUCACUUCUCCGGUUGUAGUAGAAUAA